ACCUUUCCUCGUGUUCUCUAUGAACAGACUCAGGAAUUAUCCAAAGAGCGCCCGAGUCAAGACCCGAAUCGUCACAAGGAGAUUCCGGCACCCAUCCCGCCUCUUACCUCGACACAGCCUAUUCCGUACGAAGAAGAAUCAAGACCAGAUGCCUCACAUCCCAAACAAAUCACCAGACACACGUCGCGCCCUUGUCUCUGUGGAAUGUACGGCCCGGGGGGGUGCAAGUGGCAUUUCUUCUACCCGUUCCAGACGAUCCUCGCCAUCCGCGAAAUUCUUCCGUCCCAGGAGGCCUUUGGACGGUCUCUCAUCAACGGCGUUCUCGGGCCACCCAUCCCUUCGCUCGCGGAACCAAAUCCCAUAUCGCUCACGGACUCGCAGAAGGAGACAUUCCUCAUGACAACUUCGCGUACGAACAAGGAUCCAACGUUUGCUAUCAUCAAGACGCUCGCGUUCGCGUUCUCGUCUCCGUCGCGCGAGGACGACAUAGGACCUUGGGCUCAGAGCCAAGACGGCAGGCUCGUUUGUUCCGGAUGUCGGUGCGGAUAUGAUUCGACUACUUGGGUGGACCAUCGUGAUUCCUGCUCGGGAAUAGAAGACGCGAUUUUGAGGUCUGUGGUCGAUGUAUGGGAGAUCGAGGCGAGGAUGAAGGCGCUGUCAUAAUAUCACAACAUAGUGUGUCAGUAUCGCAAAUAGAU